AUGGCGAGUGGCAGAAUCGGUGGUGCAUUGGAUUUAGCUGUUGUACUUGACUUUGUUGACUUGGGUCAUGAUUUGAUCAUUGCGGCCAAUACUUCUGCUUCUGAUUUGAUUAAGAGUGUAGCUACUGAAUGUGGGGUUGAUUUCGAUGAGGAUCCAUUUGCUAUGGUUAUUGAUCAUAAAAGUUAUGCUGUCGUCGAGACUGAGGGUGAUCAUACAUUGAUUGCUGCGGAUGAUUUUAUUGAAUCUGAUGUGAUUUUUGGAGAACGUAAGAUUGAGAUUAAACAGGCUCCUGUGCUCUUUAAGGGGAUUGCACAUUCUUUAAAUUCAGCGAAGUCCCUGGUGAGGUCAAGGUCAAAUGAGUCUUGGUUUAUUUCUUUGUUAAUGCGGCUGGAUGAAAACCUUUUUAAGGGCAAAGCAAAGGGACUAAUUAAUUUCUCUUUCAAAGAAAGAGGGACCAAGAUGCAAUAA